GUACGAUUGACAAUGGGCGAUCACGGCAACGUAUACUACGCGCCCACGGGCGAGACGACCGAGUGGGAGGAUAUUCUGGUCAAGAAGGGAAUCCUUGCGCCAAAGACCAAGGUUCCUGAUGAAGAAGAGCAGGAGGAGGAAGAGCAGGUUGAUCCGCGUGAGUAUGCGACGCUGGAUGAGUUGGACGAGUUAGAGGACGAUUACGACGACGACGCCGAGCUGUCUCGUAUCCGCGAGCGUCGAAUCCAGGAAAUGAUGGCGCAGGCGGCGCGUAACAAGUUUGGAGACGUCCACCCCAUUGCCAAGGACGAGUGGACAAAGGAGGUGACGGAGGGCAGCAACGACCAUUGGGUCAUCGCUUACCUAUGGGACGAAGCGCUCGAGGAAUGCAAAGUUAUGGAUCACGUGCUGCGAGAGAUAGCUAAGAAGCACCGCGACAUUAAGUUUGUGAGUAUCCAGGCCCAGGCCUGCAUCGAGAACUGGCCGCCCCGGAAUUGUCCCACUCUCUUUAUGUACCACAAGGGUGCGCUCAAGAACCAGCUCCUGGGUAUCCGCAAGCUCAACGGACUCGACAUGAAGGUUGAAGAUUUGGAGGAAUACCUGGCCAAAGCCGACGUUUUCAAGGCGGACUUCUAA